AUGGUGUCAGAGACAACCCACAAGGUCAGUUUACUCAAAGCUUUAUUUUGAAUGACAACCACAAUGUUAAUGUUUGCGUUAUGCGUAUGUUGGAUUAUGUUCUGUUUAAAUGUAUGUUUAUUUAUUGAAAUAUUUAUUAAUUCAGUUGAAUGUUUUUUUAUGUUGCAUUUCAAAAUGUGUUUGAGUUCGAUGCCAAAAUUGCUCUGCUCUAACUGUAUUGUACAAACUACACUUACGUUUAUGUAUCUAUAUAUAUUUUUUUUCAGUGACAUUUGAUAUUCCAUGUAGUAGUGUUAUUAUUAGUUAAUAACAGGGUGAUUAUGUAAUAUGGUUAGCGGGGAGGGGGCAUCUGAGGCAGAGUAGAGUGAUGAUGACAUGAGUAGCUGGGGCAGUGAAAACAUUUAUUUGCAUUCCUCUGGGCCAUUCUCCUUCCCAUGGGAGCAGAAUAGUCUUAAGGAAGGCUCUCCAACACUCACGUGCCCAUUAGCCUGUCUUAGCGUACUCUAUUUGUCAAGACGUCAUCCAGAAAUUCUUAGGGAAUUCUUACCGAGAUUGUAACAGAGGAAACGGAAGCAAGUCUAGUAGGCCUAAACUAUUUAAUUGUUAGCACUGCAGCCAGUGAAAAUUGACCAGGGGGAAAGGGGGGUAUGUCACAAAAAGCAGGACUAAUAUUCCUAAAUACUGAGUCAAUGUUCUUAUAACCCAUUGUCAAUGGUAUAGCUUCUGUAAUCAAUUGGACAAUCAACUGUCAUUUCUGAAUGUUUAUCAAAGUUACUUAGCUAUCUAAUUGAUCCUGCUUUGUUGUUAUGUUAAGAUAAGGAGCCUUUACACAUAACAAGCACACAAUCAUCCCAAACAAUGGCUGUCAAUGAUAAAAGAUAGAAGCUAGUUUCCUCCACUGUCCCUGUCCCAAUACUGGGUUUGAACCAGUGUGCCUCUGAUCGCAAACACCUCGUUGACAAUGUACAAACCAGUUGAGCUAUAGAAAAGGAUCCAAUUCGAUAACUCAAUUGGCAACAUUUCAAGCUAGCUCUGGAGUGAGCUUACGGCACAUUCUUAUCUCCGUUACACUCACCCCUUCUAAAUUCGCUACACAGCGAGCAACCCCAGCUGUUGAGCUGAGCCCAACUGCGGAUCCGGGUCUUCACAAAACCAGGAUAACCAAUGUCAGUGUGCUGCUAACAGUUUAGUUUCCCACACUGUCCCCAUCCCCAUACCAGGCUCGACCCGCCUAUACUUUCUUUGGAUUGGUGGAUACAUCUCAUUGUUGUCAUCCUUCUAUAAAUAUUUGAUAAGGGUUGUUGAGGUCAACCGCCUGUAUUCAAUGGAGAGAGACGCUAUACUACUAGCCUCAUGCCAUGAAUAUGCAUAGCCAACUCAACUCUGAUAUCACGUGUCCUACUUAUAUCAGUACACUCUUAACAACUUAAGCAUUACGAAACUCUAUUCUAUUUGAUCAAAUAAACCUCACAUAGCAAGUAAGCCAUUCAUUUUUUGGUUGACCAAACUCGACACUCGCUCAUUGACCUCAAUACAAAAACUCCUUGCUUGGUGAGUGAACAACAACAAAAUGCCACCUGCUGGAGGGAGACAGAUGUUCUGCUGAGUUGGGCCUCUCUCUUCCUCUCUGAUUGAAUGCAAGGGAAGCCAGCGAGCAUUUGGCUUACCUUGAUCAAAAUAAUAGCCAAUCAGCUUUGAGCUAAACUGAGUGUGCUCAACUGUGAAUGGUCCUGGCGCACCAAAAAAAUUACAAAUAUUGUUAAGGGAAGCCAGUUUGGAUUUGUCUUCACACUAAUCACAUCAAAAGCAAAAUGUCAUUGACAGAAAAAACGUGAAUUGUUGCAUCAAGUUGUGUUGUCCUCCGGUUGCUAGCUAAAAUUGGCCUUUUCCUAAAUUAGCAGUGGAUGACGAUAGGGAUUUGGACUUGUGGUUUUACCUAAUUCUCCUUACUGGCCAAUGAUUAUAAUGGCGAUUCUGAUCCAACCAUAAAUUCAUACAUUGUGCCCCUGGCCUGAAAGGAUGAAAGUUGAAUAUGUAGUAGGCUAAUGUUAACUAGGUGGCACAUCAUUGCCCAUGAAAGGAAGUUAGGCUAGCGAGCAAGCAUUUUAGCCAGGUAGCCUAAGACAACAAAAGUGAGAAGGAUGGCAUUGGUGUUUCUCUACAAGUAGGGUGAGUCAACAUGUUUUUUGUACUUGCACGCACGCACUAGAGAAAUCAGAACCAUGGACAGCCACAUCAUAUUUAGCUUAUGUUGACUGGACUAAAUUGUUUUUGGUAUCUUUUAGUUGUGGAGGCAGCUCCUGUUUAUUUUGCGACUUGCGGUCACAAUCUGUGGUUCUAAAUCAAUAGUUGUUAAGUAGUCUGAAAAUGUUGGAAACAUUAACUUGCUUGACCAUGCUGCAGGUCAUGUAACGGUUUGUUACAUGCAAAAUGCUUUGUGGACUUCACUGCUCUCUGGUUUUGUGAUAAAACAAAAGUGUGGUUGAAUUUAUUCUGCCACUGUCUUCUUAUUGUCUCGGCCUUAGGCCAAUAUAUCAUUGUGGCAAGGCAUAUGAACUAACAGGUUAUACAGUCGUGGUCAAAAGUUUUGAGAAGGACACAAGUAUUGGUCUUCACAAAGUUUGCUGCUUCAGUGCUUUUAGAUAUUUUUGUCAGAUGUUACUAUGGUAUACUGAAGUAUAAUUACAAGCAUUCCUUAAGUGUCAAAGGCUUUUAUUGACAAUUACAUUAAGUUUUUGCAAAGAGUCAAUAUUUGCAGUGUUGACCCUUCUUUUUCAAGACCUCUGCAAUCCGCCCUGGCAUGCUGUCAAUUAACUUCUGGGCCACAUCCUGACUGAUGGCAGCACAUUCUUGCAUAAUCAAUGCUUGGAGUUUGUGGGUUUUUGUUUGUCCACCCGCCUCUUGAGGAUUGACCACAAGUUCUCAAUGGGAUUAAGGUCUGGGGAGUUUCCUGGCCAUGGACCCAAAAUGUCGAUGUUUUGUUCCCCGAGCCACUUAGUUAUCACUUUUGCCUUAUGCAAGGUGCUCCAUCAUGCUGGAAAAGGCAUUGUUCGUCACCAAACUGUUCUUGGAUGGAUGGGAGAAGUUGCUCUCGGAGGAUGUGUUGGUACCAUUCUUUAUUCAUGGUUGUGUUCUUAGGCAAAAUUGUGAGUGAGCCCACUCCCUUGGCUGAGAAGCAACCCCACACAUGAAUGGUCUCAGGAUGCUUUACUGUUGGCAUGACACAGGACUGAUGGUAGCGCUCAACUUGUCUUCUCCGGACAAGCUUUUUUCCGGAUGUCCCAAACAAUCGGAAAGGGGAUUCAUCAGAGAAAAUGACUUUACCCCAGUCCUCAGCAGUCCAAUCCCUGUACCUUUUGCAGAAUAUCAGUCUGUCCCUGAUGUUUUUCCUGGAGAGAAGUGGCUUCCUCGCUGCCCUUCUUGACACCAGGCCAUCCUCCAAAAGUCUUCGCCACACUGUGCGUGCAGAUGCACUCACACCUGUCUGCUGCCAUUCCUGAGCAAGCUCUGCACUGGUGGUGCCCCGAUCCCACAGCUGAAUCAACUUUAGGAGACGGUCCUGGCGCUUGCUGGACUUUCUUGGGCGCCCUGAAGCCUUCUUCACAACAAUUGAACCUCUCUCCUUGAAGUUCUUGAUGAUCUGAUAAAUGGUUGAUUUAGGUGCAAUCUUACUAGCAGCAAUAUCCUUGCCUGUGAAGCCCUUUUUGUGCAAAGCAAUGAUGACGGCACAUGUUUCCUUGCAGGUAACCAUGGUUAACAGAGGAAGAACAAUGAUUUCAAGCACCCUCCUUUUAAAGCUUCCAGUCUGUUAUUCUAACUCAAUCAGCAUGACAGAGUGAUCUCCAGCCUUGUCCUCAUCAACACUCUCACCUGUGUUAACGAGAGAAUCACUGACAUGAUGUCAGCUGGUGCUUUUGUGGUAGGGCUGAAAUGCAGUGGAAAUGUUUUUUGGGUUAAAUUUUGCCAUUUUCAUGGCAAAGAGGGACUUUGCAAUUAAUUGCAAUUCAUCUGAUCAUUCUGGAGUAUAUGCAAAUUGCCAUCAUCAAAACUGAGGCAGCAGACUUUGUGAAAAUUAAUAUUUGUGUCAUUCUCAAAACUUUUGACCACGACUGUAGAGCAAAGAACGCUAUUAUCACAACACAAAGGUUAUAAUAUGGCUUUUUCCCCCUGGUUUGGCUUCCCCAGUGGUUUUACCCACGCACCUCUACUGCAAAUUCGAUAGCUCCAUUGGUGACAUUUCAAGCUAGCUGUAAAAAAAGCUUACGGCACGUUCUUAUUUCCGUUACACUUGUGGAGUAGUAGUUGUUUUGGCUGUUUCUGACUAAUUUAAGGCACGGACACACUGGUAGCGUUUGCCGGCUGAGAGUACUUAGAACCUCUGAACAGAGUGGCAGAUGUAAUUUGCAAACCGAUUCUACAUAUUUCAAAACUUUUAAAACAACAAACCGAGCUCACCAUCAUUCCGCAUUCAGCACGAAAAAAAGUGUUCUAUUGAAAAAGUUUGGUUACUAGCUACCUUUUGAAUUUGGAUCCCAUGACGCGGUUAGCCUCAGUUGCUGGGAAAAUAGCUUCAAUGGCUUUUUACAAAUACUAACAAAAUAAUUGAUGAUUUGACCAGAGAGGUCCAGAACCUUAAGAUCAGUUUGCAGUUCUCCCAGAGAGAGGUGGAUUUCCUGAAAUAGAUUUGCAGCAAGAUAACAACAAAUUAAGUCCACGUGAGAUGACAUCAGCACUGUCUUAGAAGCAUAAUUAACAAUGAAUGGAAAAACAGACUAUCUAGAGGGACAAUCCAGGAGGAAUAACAUAGUUGUGGAUGGCAUACCAGAGUCUUCACAUAAGAACUCGGCUGACUCUGAGGAGAAAGUAAGAACAAAUAUCAGUGAAAAGCUGCAGAUGGAUCAUAAGUAGAUUGAGGUGGAUGGAGCGUGCCCACAGAUCUGGAAAACCUGUAACCAGCCCAGGUGACAGACCCAGGCCGAUAGUGGUCAUGUUCCUGAGGUUUAAAGACAAGAUGGCUGUUCUGGAGAGAGCCAAGAACUUGAGAGGAACUUGCUUACAUCCGCUACGACAGGCUCAUUGCCCACUCUCCCUCCCAAAAGACUGGGAGGAGUGAGAGAGCUUCCAGGUCAGUAGCUUCAGUCCCACAUCUCACACACACACACCAACUGACACUCACAAGUGCCUGAUUGACUGACUCUAUUAACCAAACUUGUUCUUGCCAUGCUUUGUGCGUUUAAUUUCUUUAUAUUAUGUCUAUCUCCGAUUAGCUACCCAGGAAAGGGCAAUAUUAAUAUAUGUAGCCUUAGAAAUAAGGUUAAUGAAAUCAAUAAUUUGCUAACAUCAGAUAACAUUCAUAUAUUGGCAAUCUCUGAAACUCACUAAGAUAAUUCCUUUGAUACAGCAGUAGCAAUACAAGGAUAUAACAUAUACAGAAGAGACAGGAAUGCUUAUAGGGGAGGUGUUGCUGUAUAUGUUCAGAGCGAUAUCCCUGUAAAGCUUAGAGAGGACCUCAUGUCUAAUGUUGGUGAAGUGGGCCUUAAAAUAGUGUAUGAGCUCAUACAAAACGUUUUGUAAUGAUUCCUAUGUUGAAUAUGUAAAGAAAUAUGUUUUGGUCUGAUGUGUGUAAUGAGGAGCAUCCAGACGCUGCACUUGAUGCAUUUAUUAAAUUGUUUCUUCCAGUUAUUGAUAGGCAUGCACCUAUUAAGAAACUGACUUUUAGAACUGUUAAGUCUCCAUGGAUUGAUGAUGUAUUGAAACAUUUCGUGUUUGAGAGAGAUGAAGCAAAAGGAGUGGCUAAUAAGACUGGCUGCACAGCUGAUUGGCAAACUUACUGUAAAUUGAGAAAUGAUGUGACUGAACAAAAAGAAGAAGAAACGGUAUUAUGAAAGAUACUUUAUAUAAUUUGGAGUACUUUAAAUGAAAUUAAGAAAAACUAAUUCAACUCCAUCUUUUAUUGAAUCAGAAGGCUCAUUCAUCACAAAACCUUUUGAUAUUGCCAAUUAUUUUUAAUGACUUUCACUGACAAAGUGGUCAAACUCAGACAUUAAAUGACAACAACAAACUGAGCCAUCAUAUUCAUGCAUAAAAUACCAAAUCAUGAAAGAAAAACACUGUAAUUUUGAAUUCUGCAAAGAUAUUGUGGGACAGGUGGAAAAAUGAUUGUUGUUGUCAUCAACUUCCAGUUAGAAACCAAGGAAAAGUAAUGGAAUCCUACAGUAGAAACAUAUUUACUUUGUGGAGGGAGUACACAGAUCAAUUCUCUAUGGCAUUGAGUAAUGUUGUUGUGGUCCUCAAGUCUCUUCGAGGUUCAUUCAGGUCCCAAUUUGUAUUUUUUGUCGUUCCUCUAACUCAUUCUAACACCCGGGCGGGCCCGAGCAUUUCUGCCUCCAUGCAAAAUGGUUUCUAACUCACUGCUCAUUUCAUUUUAAGGAGCUUUUCGCAAUUUCAUUUUAAGGAGCUUUUCGAGGAUGAAAGCACUUCAAAGCCCCCUGCUUUUCUUGAUAUGCAAUUUAUGAUGACAAGGCUAUUCACCGUUAAGUUCACAUGCGAAUGUGGAGGAGAAGCCAUGCAGAAUAUUCAGAUGUGAAUAAGAGAUGUGAGAUGUAGCCUAAAUGUGAGAGAGAGACUCAGUGGUAUGAGAAGAGGCAGUUUUUGAGGGCUGGUAAGAUAAGGUAUUAGGUCUCAAAGCCCAUGCAGAUCAUGUGUUUAUAAUUAUCUAAUUUGAAAGAGACAUCAAGGCACAUGCAUCAUUGGCAACCAAAGGGUUGAUUUCCAGGUCAUAUUUAGAUUCAUGACUAUGACUAAUGCAACUACAUUUACUGCAUCUAAAUGUUUCAUAUGCUGACAGAAACCAAUUCCCAGCUAAGUCAAGGCAUAGGCUAUACACAGCAAAUACAAGUCAUCGGAAACCGCAGGAUUAUGGUGACAUUUACUUGUCAGCUCUGGGUCGGUGGAGGAUGCUUUUACACGGAGAGCACACAUGCGGUUCAACUCACUCCCAUGACCUCAAGGAAUCUCCAGAGGCCCACUUUGGGGAUGUGACACACAACAUGCCACAUGUGUGUGAGACAGUAUGGGGUUUAACAUAUUUACAUAGCUUAUUCUUCAACGUGGAAAUGCAACAACAUGCAUGUGAUGCACCACUUGUAUUGUGAUCAUAACUGGCUUUGGCUUCCAAAAUUAAAUGAUCCAUGCUACUACAAGGGAAAACAUACAGAAUGAAAGACAUCCUGGCGAACAGUAUCAUAUGAUUACCAUCUGAAGAUAAGCUCUUUCAUAACAUUUAGCCUUGAUGGAAACACAGUUUGAAGGUCUUUUUUUUCAUAUGCAUGCUUUGCAAGCAUUAUCGUGUCACCGCUCACAUGCUCAUUCAUGCGGCAAAUGCCUCAAAUUUAAUUCAGACUGUACACGGCCACCACCAUGCUACAACAGGCACUGAUUCCCCCAGUUAUCUCACGAGUCAAGACCAUCACACAGUAUGAGUGACAUUUCUAGUUAAAGUGGAGUCCUACAGUAUGUCGCAGACUAAAUAAAUCUAAUUGAGGGGGAACACAGAACGUGUGAACAUUUGACUGACAUCCAGCCAACUAUAAGAGGAGAGCAUCAGACAGACAUGACCAGACCACAGCCAUUAGUGUCUGGAACUUCGUCUCUGGAAAUCAAACAACUGAAGUGUUUUAAAGGCAACAGUAACAUGGCAGAAGAGAGAGACUGAGAAUAACUGAGGAAUUGAGUCAGAUGAACACUGUUGUGCCCAUGCAAUCACAGGGUUCAGUGUCCCUGCACUAAGGGGUGUCAUGUACCCAUUAUUUUAGAAGGGGCACGAAGUACGUGAGGAUGGAGGGGGCGUGGUCUUUGCAUUUUUCAAACCCCUGAAACAUAUUUUUUUCUGCAAUCUAGAGCCAUAAUCAUUAUGCUUAAUUCUACAGUGCCUUCAGAAAAUAUUCACACCCCUUGACUUUUCCCACAUUUUAUUGUGUUACAGCCUGAAUUUAAAACAGAUUAAAUUGAGAUUUUUUCUACUGGUCAAAAGUUUUAGAACACCUACUCAUUCAAGGGUUUUUCUUUAUUUUUACUAUUUUCUACAUUGUAGAAUAAUAGUGAAGACAUCAAAACUAUGAAAUAACACAUGGAAUUAUGUAGUAACCAAAAAAGUGUUAAACAAAUCAAAAUAUAUUUUAUAUUUGAGAUUCUUCAAAUAGCCUUGAUGCCAGCUUUGCACACUCUUGGCAUUCUCUCAUAAUAAUGUUUUUCGAAAUGUUUGCAUAAUAAUUAAAAAUGAACAGCUGAAAUGUCUUGAGUCAAUAAGUAUUCAACCCCUUUGUUAUGGCAAGCCUAAAUAAGUUCAGGAGUAAAAAUGUGCUUAACAAGUCACAUAAUAAGUUGCAUGGACUCACUCUGUGUGCAAUAACAGUGUUUAACAUGGUUUUUGAAUGACUACCUCAACUCUGUACCCCACACAUACAAUUACCUGUAAGGUCCCGCUGUUGAGCAAUGAAUUUCAAACACAGAUUCAACCACAAAGACCAGGGAGAUUUUUCAAUGCCUCACAAAGAAGGGCACCUAUUGAAUAUCCCUUUGAGCAUGGUGAAGUUAUUAAUUACACUUUGGAUGGUGUAUCAAUACACCCAGUCACUACAAAGAUAUAGGUGUCCUUCCUAACUCAGUUGCCGGAGAGGAAGGAAACCGCUCAGAGAUUUCACCACGAGGCCAAUGGUGACUUUAAAACAGUUACAGAGUUUAAUGGCUGUGGUAGGAGAAAACUGUGGAUGGAUCAACAACAUUGUAGUUACCCCACAACACUAACCUAAUUGACAAAGUGAAAAGAAGGAAGCCUGUACAGUAUACAAAUAUUCUAAAACAUGCAUCCUGUUUACAAGGCACUAAAGUAAUACUGCAAAAAAUGUGGCAAAGCAAUACACUUUUUGUCCUGAAUACAGUGUUAUGUUUGGGGCAAAUCCAAUAUAACACAAUACUGAGUACCACUCUCCAUAUUUUCAAGGAUAGUGGUGGCUUCAUCAUGUUAUGGGUAUGGUUGAAAUCGUUAAGGACUGGAGAGUUUUUCUGGAUAAAAAAGGAAACAGAAUGGAGCACAGGCUAAAUCCUGGAGGCACUGGGAGAUGAAUCCACCUUUCAGCAGUUGCUUACAAAGAAGACAUUGAAUGAUCCUGAGUGGCCUAGUUACAGUUUUCACUUAAAUCUCCUUGACUUAAAUGGUUGUCUAGCAACAAAGUAUUGACUCAGGGGUGUGAAUACUUAUGUAAAUUAUAUAUUUAAUUUUCCAUAAAUUAGCAAACAUUUCUAAAACAUUUCUGGGAUAUUGUGUGCGUAGAUGGGUAAAAAAAUAUUACAAAAUAAUCAAUUUUCAAUUCGGUACUCUUUGCCUGGUCCAGUCAGUGUGCCCCCGCCUCAAAAUACAGCUGACAGAUCUUUUUAUAAAUAAUUAUGAUAAAACAUGGGCUUAAAAAUUAAGUAAAUAAAUUAACAUCUGAAUAAAUUAACAUCUGACAUUUCUUUUAACAGUACAAAUCUGAGGGGGCACGUACCUUUGUGCCCCCUAUGGGCAUGACGCCACUGCCUACACUCAUCAUUAUUACUACCUGUGUUCAAACAGGUAGAGACUAGAGACAGAUGCACAGAGGGAGAUACAGGAAGGCAUAUAUUCAGUAUGAAAAAUAACACAGUAGUGUCAAUUGUAAAUCAUUGACUUCUGAUAUUUGUGCAGGCCGAUCUAAGUUUGGACAUCUAAACUGGGUCUGUGGUUGCGUCUCAAAUGGCAACAUAUUUCCUAUAUAGUGCACUACUGUUGACCAGGGCCCAGUAGUGCACUAAAUAGGGAGUAGGGUCUCAAUUGGGACGCAGUCUGUGUUUGUCACUAUCCAGGGCACCCAGUACACUAGAGCCGACCAGAGCAGCUAUUCAACUGAACUCAAAGACACAUUAGCUGUGGCACAGUUCAGCUGGUCCCCAAAAAACCAGAUUAGCCACAGUUGAGCAACGUCGCAGUUCAGCCGGUCAACCAGUGGUAACUCAGCUUUCUAAUGUGGUGACAAGCACGCAUGGAUGCACACACAAACGAUCACGCAUGUACUGUACUCACACAUGCACAGACACACACACACAGCUGAGGGAGGGUGUUCUGGAUGUUCUGGGACUCAUGUACUGUUACUAGUGAGCAUGCCCGUUUCUUUGGGAAAAACACAGUGAGCAGAACAUGGGCAUCCACUGUAGAGCUGUCAUUGGAAAAUAUGGUUUGUUUGAAAGUGAUGACACACAUUGGUCUGUAACGAAGCUUUCCAAUGUAUAUUCAACAUGUUAAAAAAGUACCAAGAGGUUUGGUUUUCGUGAUAUCAAAAAACAAGAUCUGAAAUAUUAAUGUCAGGGUCUUUUUGAAGUAGUUCAUAACAGAGUUGUUAUUGGUGUCUGUUUGAGUAGCAAAGCCUGGCUGUCUCUUAAAUGAAGGAACACCCUCAGUCUCUUUUUUUUUUUGGGGGGGCGACACUGCUAACUUCCUGCAAUUUUACAGUGUAUGUAAAUUUGAAUGUUAAGUAGGUCAACGAUGUGAACUCACUGUUCUUGGUGCUUGGUGAGGUUUAAAUAAAGAAAACCUGUUUGAGAUGGUUAAUGGUUAUGACACGGAUCAGGGCGGCAGGUAGCUUAGUGGGUAAGAGCAUUGUACCAGUAACCGAAAGGUCGCUGGUUCUAAUCCCCGAGCCGACUAGGUGAAAAAUCUGUCGAUGUGCCCUUAAGCAAGGCACUUAACCCUAAUUGCUCCUGUAAGUCGCUCUGGAUAAGAGCGUCUGCUAAAUGACUAAAAUGUAAAUGUAAAUUUACACCUGGCUCAAGUACCCAAGUGAAAUAUGACUGAGGUACAUUAAACAUACACAGUUCCAUGUGCUGUCAUGACAUGAUCAGUACAUUCAGACAACCAACCCAUUUGCUAAAGUCUGUCAAGCAUACAUGUAACAUUGUUACCCACAUGUACCUGAAUAUAUCGGAUAGGGUUGUUAUGUAAUCAUGUGAAACAUAAUGACAAGUCAGUCUAUUGGAAAUUGAUAUUCAGGUCAAGGGGAAAUGCAAGGAGUAAUGAGUUCUGUGGUGCUCUUCCAACCAGACUCAAUUACUGAGAAUCACUACGUUAUAUAGCCUUGCUUCUAAAGCACCGAUGUAAUACAUUAUUAAUAUUUCCUGGAGUUGUGGUGCUAGAACUAUGUCUUGCUGAGUAAGGUAUUGAAAUACUGAUUGGAGCAAGGCUACAGGUUCAAGGACUCUCCCUAUAUGACAAUGAACGGUGACCUAAAUGUUUAUUUUUAACAAAGUUCCCCAUUGAUUCUGCUGUCUGUCAGACUGGGCACGUCAAAUGAGGUAGCAGAUUCAGUUUGAUGACUGUGUUGGGUUGCAUAUAGAACCAUACUGUAAUGUGCAAUGCAUUGCUGCACAUAAGAUGCAACACACUUGGCUUGUCUCACACUUACACCCUCAUCAUCAUGCAAACACAUUGGGAACACUUUACAUUAGGGUAUACUUUAUAAAGGGUUUAUAAGUAGCUUAUAAACUGUUAAUCAUUUGUUUAUAGAUAAAAAAAACAGAUAGGCAAUAAAUCCUUAUUCAUUUGGUUACUAAAUAUGGACUAGAAAAACAAGCACACUUGGGAACCUACAUAAGGAUGGAUGCUUGAGGGCCAUGAAUGUCUAGGGAGAUUAGAGCCUCUGGGGGACUGGGAGGCCCAUUCAGAACACAUUACUGGUGCUCAAGGCCCUUUGUGUUUUGACUAUUUCCUGGCUUUCAUUUUAUGUUUUAUUUAGCUUUCCUCUGUCUGCAUAAUACACACUGAAUUCCUCAGCAGGAAGCAUUUCCAUGUGGACAGCUAGGGUCUCUGAACUGGCUCUGUCCAGCUCCUCUGCAUGACUCAUAACAGGGAACAUGUGCGUCUCUGAUAUAAUACUGUAGCUAGUCAGGCUUUGUUAGCAGAGGGACUGCCAGGCUCCUCCAACAUCCCUCACAUCAACUGUCACAGACAUAUCCAACAACCUCUGCUUAUCAUAUAGCAUCAGUGUGUGUGUAGUUUGUAGUAUGUAGUGUGUGUGUGUAGUGUGUGUGCGAGAGAGAUAGAAAAGUCUCACUAUCUGAGAUAAUACACAUUUAUUUUUUUCUAUCUGCUCAACACUCUCUGGAGCAACUUUAAGCUCCCAUUUAUCUCCCUCUCUGUCUCUCUCUCAUGACUAAUCUUCUCUGUGGGAUAUUUGGGUUCAGUAAGAUAAUCAGACUUUUUGGGCAUUCAUUUUUGAGUGCCACCAUAUCUGCUGUGAAACGUUCAAUCUCUCCAACUAUAUUUCCCUCUAUUGUGCCUUUAUACCACUUCAAAUGUGUCUUUAUCACAAAAUCUUGGUCUUUAUCUAACAACACUUCUCCUAUAGUAUAUGCCAUCCACUCUGCAGAAACUGCAGCAUAAAACAUAAUAAUACAGCCUCCUUAACACAUCUACUCCAACAUACAAACCAACAGCUGCUGGGUGAAGAGCACACAUUCAAACUCUUAGCAAAAGUACAGGCAGUGUCUUGAUUCAGUGCUCAACACAGCUCUCUACAUAACCACAGUCCCAAAUCUUGGCACAAUUUGGGUCUCUGCAAAUAGAUUUAUUGUAAGGACAUGUAUGGUGCAACGUUUUCAAUGGUGUGAUUUGGCUUCUAUUUGUCUCUCUGGAGUAAUGAAAUAAGAUUAACUAGAAAGUAGUGCCCUUUUGAAAAAAUAUGUUAGGCCAAUUCAUUCUUUUAAAUUCGAUGUAUUUUCAAUUAAUAUAUUUUCCAUUUUGUUGUUUAUCAAAAGCAGACAACUGUAGGGCUAACAACAACAACAAAUAGUGUAGGGAAGCCUUUGUUGCUAGACUACUUUCUCACUUCCGUUAUCUGUUUGUUUCCCCUCUGAUGUUUCCCUUGUCACACAUUCACUGAUUAUUAAAUGAGAUGAUUUAGAGAGAACUUGUGGCUGUAGUGGAGCAGAUCACCAACAAACUAACAUGGUCCAAGCACACCAAGACAGUCGUGAAGAGGGCACGACAAAACCUAUUCCCCCUAAGGAGACUGAAAAGAUUUGGCAUGGGUCCUCAGAUCCUCAAAAGGUUCUACAGCUGCACCAUCGAGAGCAUCCUGACUGGUUGCAUCACUGCCUGGUAUGGCAACUGCUCGGCCUCCGACCGCAAGGCACUACAGAGGGUAGUGCGUACGGCCCAGUACAUCACUGGGGCCAAGCUUCCUGCCAUCCAGGACCUCUAUACCAGGUGGUGUCAGAGAAAGGCCCUAAAAAUUGUCAAAGACUGUUCUCUCUGCUACCGCACGGCAAGCGGUACCGAAGUGCCAAGUCUAGGUCCAAGAGGCUUCUAAACAGCUUCUACCCCCAAGCCAUAAGACUCCUGAACAUCUAAUCAAAUGGCUACCCAGACUAUUUGCAUUAAUUAACGCUAACAAAUAUUACGUAAUUACAUAAUUAACAAUCAACUGCACUGCUGUUCUCUGACUAACCGUUACUCUCCUCUGUCCUCUGCAGAUGGGAAAUGCUUCAGACACAACCCUGUUUGUCUCCACAAUCUCAAAGGAGCUUGACUUCCUCAUGGGCAUGCUCUACAGCAUAUUCUGUGAGUUCAUAUUCCCUGCCAAUGGGUCAUAUUUACUCACUGUUGAUCCAAUCACAAGUCCUUACAUUUGAGUAAAUCUGAUUCCAGCUAAGGGGAGUCAGUCACUGCCACAUACAGAUCAAAUAGAAGAUUCAAGGCAUUUUCAAGGCAUUUACCCUCAUCCAUUCUUAGAGUACUGUAUGAUUUUAUGCCUGGAUGUAUACCCCUGAUUUGACAUAUUCUUAAUUCUUCCUCUAUGUUUAUGACUUUAUUUACAGUGCAUUCGGAAAGUAUUUAGACCCCUUCCCCUUUUGCACAUUUUGUUACGUUACAGCCUUAUUCUAAAAUGUAUUCAGUAAUUUUUUUCCCUCAUCAAUCUACACACAAUACUCCAUAAAGACAAGGCAAAACAGGUUUUUAGAAAUGUUUGCAAACUUAUUAAAAAUAAGAAACAAAAAUACCUUACUUACGUAUUCAGACCCUUUGCUAUGAGACUCGAAAUUGAGCUCAGGUGCAUCCUGUUUCCAUUUAUCAUUCUUGAGAUGUUUCUACAACUUGAUUGGAGUCCAACUGUGGUAAAUUCAAUUGAUUGGACAUGAUUUGGAAAGGCAGACCUGUCUGUCUAUUUAAGGUCCCACAGUUGACAGUGCAUGUCAGAGCAAAAACCAAGCCAUGAGGUUGAAGGAAUUGUCCGUAGAGCUCCGAGACAGGAUUGUGUCGAGGCACAGAUCUGGGGAAGGGUACCAAAAGAUGCCUGCAGCAUGAAGGUCCCCAAGAACACAGUGGCCUCCAUCACUCUUAUAUGGAAGAAGUUUAGAACUACCGUCUGUGGCGAUGGGAGAACCUUACAGAAGGACAACCAUCUCUGCAGUACUCCACCAAUCAGGCCUUUAUGGUAGAGUAGCCAGACAGAAGCCACUCCUCAGUAAAAGGCACAUGACAGCUCACUUGGAGUUUGCCAAAAGGCACCUAAAGGACUCUCAGAUCAUGAGAAACAAGAUACUCUGGUCUGAUGAAACCAAGAUUGAACUCUUUGGCCUGAAUGCCAAGCGUCACAUCUGGUGGAAACCUGGCACCAUCCCUACGGUGAAGCAUGGUGGUGGCAGCAUCAUGCUGUGGGGAUGUUUUUCAGUGGCAGGGACUGGGAGACUAGUCAGGAUCGAGGGAAAGAUGAACGUAGCAAAGUACAGAGAGAUCCUUGAUGAAAACCUGCUCCAGAGAUCUCAGGACCAAAGACUGGGGCGAAGGUUCACCUUCCAACAUGACAACACAGGAGUGGCUUCGGGACAAGUCUCAAUGUCCUUGAGCGGCCCAGCCACUUGAACCCAAUCUAACAUCUCUGGAGAGACCUGAAAAUAGCUGUGAAGCGACGCUCCCCAUCCAACCUGGCAGAGCUUGAAAGGAUCUGCAGAGAAGAAUGGAAGAAACUCCCCAAAUACAGGUGAGCCAAGCUUGUAGCGUCAUAACCAAGAAGACUCGAGGCUGUAAUCGCUGCCAAAGGUGCUUCAACAAAGCACUGAGUAAAGGGUCUGAAUAAUUAUGUAAAUGUAAUAUUUCAGGGUUUUCUUUUUAUAAAUUUGCAAAAAUGUCAAAAAACCUGUUUUUUCUUUGUCAUUAUGGGGUAUUGUGUGUAGAUUGAGGAUAUUUUUUUUUUUAAUCCAUUUUAGAAUAAGGCUGUAACGUAACAAAAUGUGGAAAAAGUCAAGGGGUCUGAAUACUUUCCGCAUGCACUGCAGUUGUCCUCUUUUUUUCCUCAUAUUUCAGUCUUUCUCUUCUAGGUGUUCUGUCUCUCCUGGGGAAUGGCAUCUUGCUGCUUGUUGCGUAUCGUAAGCGAUUGUCCUUGAAGCCUGCCGAGUUCUUCAUCAUUAACCUGUCCAUCAGCGACCUUGGGAUGACCCUGUCUUUAUUCCCUCUGGCCAUUCCCUCAUCAUUCGCUCACAAGUAUUUGAUAUUCUUUCUCUCUUCUGGCUCAUGGAACAAAAAAACCCUAGGGCAUUCUCGAGAUCUCACUGUUAUUCUGUGUUGCAAUGACAGUGACUGAAUAUUUUAGUGAAAACUUUCUUCUGUUUAACUCUCUUAUGAUCUCUCCCCACUGUGUAGGUGGCUGUUUGAUGAGAUCACCUGUCAGUUUUAUGCUAUGUGUGGGGUUCUGUUUGGCCUGUGCAGCCUGACCAACCUCACAGCUCUCUCCUUUGUCUGCUGCCUCAAAGUCUGCUUCUCUAACUAUGGUGAGUUAGAUUUCAAAUCGGCUAUAAUCAAACCUUUAUUUUUUACUGUACAUUAAUCUCUGAGAUGGUGAAGUAGUCUUAAAACUGAUGCAAUCUAAUGUGCGCUUUGGAGAUUAAUAAAGCCCUAUUUUAUCUCAUGUCAAAAUGCACAUUUCUCCUCCUUCCUUUUCCCCUUUGUCCCAUUUUCCAUCCCCAGGUAACAAGUUCUCCUCAUCCAAUGCCUGCUUCCUGGUGGUGGUUGUGUGGUGUUAUGCCUCUGUGUUCGCCAUCGGUCCCCUGGCACAUUGGGGACACUACAAUGCAGAGCCUUAUGGCACUGCCUGCUGCAUUGACUGGAACGUACCAAACUACAAGCUGUCUGCCAUGUCCUACAUUGUCUGCCUGUUCCUCUUCUGCUACGCUCUGCCCUGCACCGUCAUCUUCCUCUCCUACACCUUCAUCCUGCUGACGGUGCGCAGUUCUCACCAGGCCGUCCAGCAGCAUGUGUCGCCCCAGACCAAGACCACCAACGCACACGCCCUCAUCGUCAAGGUCAGACAGUAUCCCUGUGUCAGCAAUCCAGUUCACAACAACAGCAGCUCAGGGAUUAUGUAACUUUGUGUGUGGUUAGGCUUGUAUAGUUUGCAGGGUCUGUGCCAAAGUUAAAAAGCCUUAUACCUGCAGACUUUAAGUAAAGAGAUAUUGAAUAUUUAUGCCUAUUUAUAUAUAUUGUGUGUGUGUGUGUUUUUCAACAGUUGUCGGUAGCAGUAUGCAUCGGCUUCCUGGGUGCAUGGAGCCCUUACGCCAUAGUGGCCAUGUGGGCGGCAUUUGGUGACGCCACCCUGGUGCCUCCUACUGCAUUCGCCCUGGCGGCCAUCUUUGCCAAAUCGUCCACCAUCUACAAUCCUAUGGUCUACCUGCUUUGCAAACCAAACUUCCGCAAGUGUCUUUGUCGAGACACAUCCACGUUCCGCAAUAGGAUCUGCAGGGGCAGCCCCCAGCCUGAACAGAAAGACCCAUUUGGAUCCACAUCCCAGAGAAACAACAAGGACAUGAGUGUCUCAAACGGACAGCCAGAAAGCCACAGGGCGUGUCUGCACUCUGACGAGGACGGAGCGCACUGCCACACUGGGAUUACACCCCAAAGGACUGCCCGAAUACAGACAGGCUCCACCUACAGCAAUGUGACUGUCGGUCAACUCUCUGCCAAACUGCAGGCUGAUUUCCUCUAG